AUGUCUGAUAGGUUGGACCAAUCGUUUGAGGAUAGAAGCGCAUCAUCGAAAAAGAAUUCAGAGUUAUUAUUAGAAGACAGUAAGAAAGAAACUUUGAAUGAACCUUUGGAAUACACAUCCAAUGCAGAUGUAAAUCCCAAUGUUGCCAAAAAUAUUUUAUUGGAUAUUCAGCCUAUCAAGAUUAUGGAUCAAAGUAAAGAAUUGGAAACUUCAAAAGAUUUCUAUGAAGAUUUUGGAAACGACCGAUCAGAAGAUUAUUAUUAUCAAGAGAACGAUGCAAACAAUGUUGAGUUCCUAUAUGAAGAAUUGAAGAACUUGUACGAUUGGUCUGAUGGCGAAUUAAAGAGCAGACCCCGGUUCAGAGGCGAUCAAAGACUACGCUAUGAAUCAAAUGAUAUUCUUGAUACAAAUCCCUCUCAAUUACAGCCAUUGAACGAUAGAUUCCUCAGCUCGAGUCAAAACGACAAAACACAAAAGAGAUUCCAGUCAAUUGAUGCAUCUUUGAUGACUGUAGAUUCGAAUAGCACUCUGGUGAUACAGAGCAGAGCUCAACGGAGGAAAAUUUACCGAGUUCAUUUUCUAUCAAAACAACUGCCAAGUCUACAGUAUGUUUCAGAAGGUAAAAAUGUUCCGCUUCUCGAAGGACGGCAAAUAAUCGAUACAGCUUCCGAGACUCCAUACGAAAAUACCAUCGAGUCCAAAACACAUGAAUUACUGAAACAAAAUCUAAAUUUGGAGGAACAGGCGGCGAUUAGUUUACAAGAUUUACAUGAGUCUUUUGUAGAAUCUCCAGAUUGGCAUGAUGAUUUUAAUGUAAAAGUCAGAUUGGGCAGAGGACUGAAAGCUAUAAACGAUACAGUAAUUUCGGACUUAUUAGACGCAGACAAUGCAACUUCUUUGCAAAUCUGUCAUGAUAAUUCAUCGAAAUCACAAAAUUGGCACAAUAAUACAAUCACGAAUUCAUUUAAUAUUUUUAAUAAUAAUCAUGGUGUACCUGAUCGAAGGGCUAAAAAUGUCCAAGAAUCGAUUUUAAUAAAUACGGUUAAUAUGGAUGGUGAUGAUCUCGAAGCUGCCGAACAAAAAUACGUAAAUAAUCAAACAUCAAGAAUUAGAAGAGCAGCUGUUUCGUACCGCACGUUUUACGACAACUUGAAUCAAAAUCAACAUGAUUACGAUGAAACGAGCAGAAAUCCAGGUAACCAGUUUCAUCCUCCGAAUAUCGUCGAAAAUCAGUUCGAUGAAGCGUAUGACGGAUAUGAGAUUGGAAACUGGAACAGUGACACACAAGAUCGUGAUCGAUACUCGAAAAUCCUUCGAACCAAUACUAGAAAGAAGGAGAAAUCCGGAAAAGGAAAUAAAAAGGAUAAGCACUCCUCGAAAAAACACGCGAAGAAAAGUAGUUUGCACUCUUCUUCAAAUAGAAACAGAAGACAUCACAUACAACGGUCUGAUAUGUCGAAGAAUCGGGGUGAUUUAAAGCAGAAGAACAAAGCAGAAGCAUCUCCUUUGAUUGGACGCACUAAAGUUCAGAAGAGUAAAACGGCCGAGCAAGGACUACUUCGUGCAAGAAUGAACGAGGCACUGGGCAAAAAAGUGUUUUACGAGAAUGCGGAGGAUCAAAGUACAGUGAAGCCGGAGGUGGAUGAUGCACGCAGAAAGGAAAUUACACUGCUCCUCGCAGCCGACAACAUCGACGACGAAUCGCAGAUGGACGUGGCUCUUCACGGUGAACUAGCUGGAAAAAUCGUCGAGCAAAUAUUCGAACAGGUCCAAAAAAAUGAUCGAUUGAAGAGUGUUUUUGGUCCUGGACUUCAUCGCGAUCACAAAACAGAAGAUGUGAUAAGCGGUAACAUUUAUCAACAAGGACUCGACAAAGAUGGAACGAAUCACACGGAAAUGAUGAUAAAGAAAGUUAUGGGGCUCCUUGAUACGCUAAUUCUAAAUGAAGUGCAAAAGAAAACUUGCGUUACUUUAUCGCCGGAUACGCGAGAAUUUUUGGGCUGGAUGCUGGAGAUGGAUCGAGAGGAGGAAUUGUUGGAAGAGGCACCACUGCUGCCAUUGGUCCGUGAGGAAAUUAUUCCAGAGCAAGACACAGGACGCAAAUUCCUGUUUGACAGCACCUUCGGACAAGAGAGAGAAGGAAAUAUUAAUGAUCUACAGAAAAAAGUGAGAAUAUUGGAAACUCUUGUAAAAGAAUAUAACGCCCUGACUGCAAAAGAGAAAACAAAAGUUCAAACAGUCCACGACUAUUUGAUUCGGCAGUUAAACCUACUUUUGCAAUACAUCGAAGCGCGAGAAACUGUAGAAACAAAAGGAAAGCCUACAUCAAUGUUCGGCGCAGCUAGAGCUAGAACUGGAAAUGUCUUACAAUAUCAAAGCGCAGUGCCUAAUGCCAUUAAUGCAAGCCAUUCGAUGACAAAAGACGCAUUGUCUUUGCCAAUCGAUACGCAUAAUCUUUUCCGGUUCAACAAUUCAUUUGAAACAAUAGAUAAACAGCUCCACGAUAGUCACGUUGCAUUUGGUCGCAGAGAAACGCGCAGCAUCGAUAACAUUCCACUGAAACGACGGCGACGUCGCAAAACGAAAGGCCAGAGGUUCCGCAAUCAAAAGAAAAAUGAAAAUCAUACACAGUCGAAGCAGAGACACAAUGAGCAUCGCAGACACCUAGAUCACGUAGGAUCAUCUCUAAGACAUAGAAAGUCGCGACAAAAACGCGCAAAUCUCGAAGAAAACGAUCAGGCUUCGCUUUAUUAUUUAGGUUACGAGAAGCCAAGAAUUUACGAUUCGUUCGAUCUUCUCGAUGCGAAGUUAAAAAGGAAGAAAAAAAAGAGGAAACGGGAAUUAAUCGAUAAGAAAAACGCAGCAAUCGAGACUGACAGGAUACUCGAUUUGUUACCAAUAAAAGGAAAGAAUCGCAUGGAGGACGAAGUGAUACUGCUCAACAAGCGAGAAGCCUGGAAAAGGGAGAACGAAGAACAGCUGGAGGAGGUUGCCUUUGGCAAAGACAUGAGGAAUAGCACAAAGAGGGAGAGAGAACGAUUCGAGAAAUUGACGGAAGGAGAACGUAAACCUCUCUCAAUCAAUGAGACGAACUCCAGAAUGAAGCGAGAGGACAUAAUUCGCAGGACAUCAAUCGGCGAGAAUACAGACCGUUCCAAUAAAUCUCAUGCAGCAUUCAAAAUUCGUGAUGGUGAAUCAUGGAAUAAUUCGCAAAUAAAUAAUGUCAAUGGCCUAAAAAGUGAGAAUAAACUGGAAUUGGUUGAGCGAAGAAUCAAUGUUUUCGCGGACAACAAAACCGAUGCGGCAAUUGAUUUCGCGGCUACGGAAGUCAGCGCGGAAGAAAAGUUAGUGACAAAUGCGGGAGCCAAUAAUCAGAUUAAGGGAAAACUUCGUGCUAUAAACCGUGAGACAAAAAUUGACAAGGCGGACGGAAGUACGAGCUUUGUAAACUUGACGAGGAACGCGAAGCCUCGGGUCUCAGAGGAGCGACAGAAAGUUUCAGUAACGGAAAAAGAAGCAGAUGAUAACGCUGUAAAAUUAAAUCGUGCGACAAACUAUCGACGUGAGGAAAUAGAUCCUGAAAUCGAGUUGAAAAAUCUGAGACAGGAAAGAGAGAAAAGAAUUUAUAACGUCGCAAACUGGAAAACUGGUGACUACUUUUACGAUGAUGAUAAUCUUUCUAGAAAUAAAUUAAGGGAAAAAUAUAUGGCUAAGUUAGACGAACUGGGUGACCUGGAUACGGAUCCCGAGAAUAAUUUGGCGCUUCUGAGAUUAAGAAAUAAUAAAUGGUUGAAUGACGUCGUCGAAUGGAAGCUGCUGCCGAUAAUAAAACAAUCUCCGUACGACGAUUAUGCCUUAUCAAGAAUUCAUUUAAUAGAAAAAGAAACACCUAUAUCAAGCAACAUUAAACACAUGCAACCUCAAUCCAACUCUUAUUUAAAUAGCCUAAAAUUUUGGCAACGGAAAUAUCGCAAAAGAAACAAUGUUUUUGAUAUCUCACCUAUACUUAAAAUAACCGACAAUGAUCAUUUUCCGCGCAGAAUUCAUCGGAAAGCGAAACGAGCGUCUGAGAUAGCGAGAUUCAAGGAUUUACAGGUAGAUCCCAAAAUUAUUUUUAAAGUUCAAAGACUAUCUCGACCGUGGAACAACAAAAGAUCGAACGGCGUUGCAAAAUUUGGAAUGCCUUUCGUAUUGAAAGGUCCUAAUCGCGAGUUCCGCGAAACACUUCGAUCUCGCAAUCAUCCAGAGCUCGGCGAUCGAGUAAUCUACGAUGCAGUCGGUCUGCAAUUACCCGUUUGGCCGUAUCAGUAUUACGACGAUUUUACGGAUUCAUCGACCUUUUACUUCGUCCCGAACAUUCAUGGGAGAGGCAACGAGAUGUAUCGAUAUCCCGCGGAAACGUAUCUCGAAUAUGGUCCCUUUAAAAAACGCCGCUCUCACGACGCAAACCGGCGACUUGCAAAGCGAAAUAGAUUCCGCUUGAAAACCUCGGAAGCAGAAGAUACCAAUGAUUUUCCGACGAAUAAUUUAACAAACAAGAGCUCAAAGUCCAGAUUUUCACAAGAAAAGUUUCGCAUGGAACCGGCCACAGCGACUGGUGAAGAUUAUUUCGUGUCCGGAGAGAUAAAAUACACAGGAAAGAAUGCGAUAACUAAUGAAACAAAAACAAAAUUGAUAGAAUAG